AUGCAUUGGAGGGCUAGAGACGGGAAAGCAGGAGAAGGGCUGGGAGGAAGAAAGACUAUCAUGGCUCUCUGGAAGGCCAGAUCUUUGAGUCCUGAGCAGAAGGUUCAGUUAGUUGAAGAAGACUCUGAAACUAAAAGCUUUAGAAGUGAUGAGAGUGGGUCAUUCAUCGGUCUUGGUGAUGUUAGUAUGUCCGAGGUUCAUUCUGGUGCACUUUCUGUUCCUGCCAGUUUCUUGAUGGAGCUAUUUAGUGGGGGUGAGUUGGAUCGUAUGUUCAUGGAAAAAUCUGGUUGUAUUAAUUAUUCUUAUACCCCUUGGGUAUCUGAGAACAGUGGUGUAUAUGAGAGGGCAGUAUAUUACAAGUUUGAGAAGCGUAUUUCACGUUAUAGAGUUGAAGUAACGAGCACUCAGCAAAAAUCUACUUUGGAAGGAAAGGGUUGGCUGUUGCAAGAGGUUAUGAACUUCCAUGGAGUUCCCCUUGGUGAUUUUUUCAAUUUGCACAUUCGCUAUCAAAUUGAGGAUUUGACCCCGAAGGCAAAGACAUGUAAAGUACAGGUAUUGUUUGGAACUGAAUGGCUGAAAAGUACAAAACAUCAGAAAAGGAUUACAAAGAACAUCCUAAAAAAUCUGCAAGAACGUUUGAAGUUGACAUUCAGUCUAGUUGAGAAGGAGUUUUUGUCUAAAUAA